CCCUUCCCUCCCCUCCCCUCGACGCCGCCGCGCGCCGCUUCCCGUUCCGGCCGCGCGGAGGCUCCUGUCAACAUGGCAGCGGCAGGCAGGCGGCCGCGGCCGUGGCUCCUCUGGGCGGCAGUGAUCGCGCAGGUGGUGGCGUCUGGUGCGGGUUUUGUGGAGGAUCUGGAUGAGUCGUUUAAAGAAAACCGCAAAGAUGAUAUUUGGCUUAUAGAUUUUUAUGCACCUUGGUGUGGCCACUGCAAGAAACUGGAGCCUGUGUGGAAUGAAGUGGGUAUAGAAAUGAAAAACAUGGGCUCUCCAGUGAAAGUUGGGAAGAUGGAUGCAACUUCCUUUUCUAGUAUUGCAUCUGAAUUUGGAGUGCGAGGCUACCCAACAAUUAAGCUCUUAAAAGGUGACUUGGCGUACAACUAUAGAGGACCUAGAACUAAAGAUGAUAUAAUUGAAUUUGCAAAUAGAGUAGCAGGACCUCUUAUCAGGCCGCUUCCUAGCCAACAUAUGUUCGAUCAUGUGCGAAAGAGGCAUCCUGUACUUUUUGUGUAUGUUGGUGGUGAAUCCCCUUUAAAGGAAAAAUACAUUGAAGUUGCUUCAGAACUAAUAGUUUAUACAUACUUUUUUUCUGCCUCAGAAGAUGUGCUGCCUGAGUAUGUGACAUUACCUGAAUUGCCUGCUGUUGUGGUCUUUAAAGAUGGAACUUACUUCGUUUAUGAUGAGUAUGAAGAUGGUGGUUUGUCAUCCUGGAUAAACAGAGAAAGAUUUCAAGGUUAUCUUAAUGUAGAUGGCUUUACGCUGUAUGAACUUGGAGAUACAGGAAAACUUGUGGCUAUUGCAGUCAUUGAUGAUAAAAACUCUUCAGUGGAACAUACCAGACUAAAAUCUAUUAUUCAGGAAGUUUCUAGAGAUUAUCGAGAUCACUUUCACAGGGACUUCCAGUUUGGCCAUAUGGAUGGAAACGAUUACAUUAAUAGUUUGCUAAUGGAUGACUUGACAAUCCCGACUAUUGUUGUAUUGAAUACCUCAAAUCAGCAGUAUUUUUUGCCGGAUAGGCACAUUGAGAACACAGAAGACAUGGUUCAGUUCAUUAACAGUAUCUUGGAUGGUACAGCUGAAGCACAAGGUGGUGAUGGACUUCUGCAACGAGUCAAGAGAAUAAUCUAUGAUGCCAAGUCUACUGUAGUGAUUGGAAGCUCUUUGAUGUCACGAUGAAGACCGUGAAAUUUCCGUACAAAUGUGUAACCUCCUCUGCAGGAUGGUUCGUUGAUCAUGGUAAAUGACAAAUAUUAGAUAGACAUGCUCUUUGAGGUGCUGCUAGGCCAGUUCUUUCUGUGUGUGAGGCUUUUAUAAAGGGUUCGCUAUUAUUUACACACAGCUAAAUGGGAAUAUCCCUGUAAUUAGUUUUGUAUGUCAAACAUCAAACACUUAAAAAAACAUAUAUGUCUGGUUAUUGUGUUGGGAUUAAACCAUGAGCUGUGUUAUUAGCUUGUUGUAGUGUUAUAUGCAGGUUGUAACUAAUGUGUUUGUAAACCUUGCAUAAUGCCCUAACUUUAUUGUUUUAAUAUUGUGUCCUAUCUUUUAUAAUAAUUUACUGUUUUUUUGUCAAAAUUAUAUUGCCGUGGAGCGUUAUCAGUUUUAAAACUUUUUAUAUCCUGAGCAUGAGUAGCAGCCAUCACACCUUUGGAUUUUCUUCAAAGUAAGCAAUAAUGCUUCAGGAAAAUGUAAGAACCUGCUUCAUCACAGGUUGAUGAAAUAUAAUGUGUUGUUUUGUAUCUUAACAUGCCUGUGGUUUGUAUGUAAUGUGUUGGUUAACAAAUGCAAAACCUUAAACGUAUUAUUGCUUGGAGGAAGAAAGCCAAACACUUGAAAGGUGAAUAAUUUCAAAUAGGUUUGCCAACAUUCACUUGUUUUAAACAGGUUUGUCAAAGUAUUUGAAAAAGAAGGGAGCAUUUUUUUGAUAAAUAGUAGUCUCUCAAUCCAGUCUCCUUCUUAACAAUUUUUAUCAAGCUUUUUUUGCUGCUGGCAUAUCCUGUGUUCCAAAAUGUAUUUUUCUGAACAAGUUCAAAAUUACAGUAGAUGGAAAAAAAAAUUUUCUUUAGAAUGUGCUCAUUCAUUAAGGGGAAAAAUCACAGAAAUUUGCUGUC